CGCUAUAGACACCAGAUUUUUACCCUCCACUAAAUACCGACUAAAGCUAAGAAACUGACUUUGACAGGAAAGUAAAAUUGCAGAAUGAGAAAUUGAAGUGGAGGAAGGAGGAAAAAAGGGCUUUCAUUUGUACCAAUGGUGAAGUGCCUCUGAAACUUGGGGUUAUGCUUUGUCAAAGCUCUUAAACCUCUAUUAACCAUCUAUACAAAAACAAUCAUUUUCCAUUAGAGAUUCUUAUGGCAAAACCAGUUUCCCACUCCCAUCUUCUUCUUCUGGUAGUGUCUUUUCUUUCUUUCCAAAUUUCAGACCAGUUCCAGCUUUCUCAGUCCCAGACCCUUCUCAAAAUCCACCAGAUUCUCAACUAUCCUUCAGCUCUUAGCAGUUUCAGCAAUCCCACAGACCUUUGCAACAUUGAACCAACUUCAUCUUUGACUCUACAAUGUUAUGAAGGAAGCAUAACCCAGCUGCACCUCAUUGGGAAUAAUGAAUUUCCUCCAUUGCCUCAGACCUUCUCCAUUGAAUCUUUCUUUUCCACCUUGGAAAACCUUCCAAGCUUGAAAGUACUCUCGUUGGUUUCUCUUGGGCUAUGGGGUCCAUUGCCUGGCAAUAUUGGUCAAUUAUCUUCACUUGAGAUUCUGAAUGUGAGCUCAAACUACUUCAAUGGUGUGAUUCCAGUUCAACUGUUACAUUUGAGGAACCUUCAGACACUCAUUCUUGACCAUAACAACUUCACAGGUGAGCUUCCUGUUUGGCUAAAUUCACUGCCAUUGUUGACUGUACUAAGUUUGAAGAACAAUGGGUUUACUGGGUCUCUGCCAAGUUCUCUGGGUACCUUGCAUAACCUCCGAGUUCUUUCUCUAUCAGAAAACAACUUCUCUGGUGAAGUGCCUAAUCUUAGCCAUUUGACAAACUUGCAAGUUUUUGAUGUGGAAGAUAACAGUUUUGGUCAUAACUUUCCAGAUUUGCCUACAAAGUUAAUCACUCUUAUACUCAGAAAGAACAGGUUUCGUUUAGGCAUCCCUGCUAAAUUAGGCUCUUAUUAUCAGCUUCAGAAGCUGGAUAUCUCUUUGAAUGGAUUUGUUGGACCUUUUUUACCAUCACUAAUUUCACUGCCUUCUCUUAGUUAUCUGGAUAUUGGUGGAAACAAAUUCACAGGAAGACUAUCCCAAAACAUGUCUUGUAGUACUGAGCUUAGUUUUGUAAAUUUAUCAACCAAUCUUUUGUCCGGAGACUUGCCUAGUUGUCUGACCAUGCAUUCCAAGAAAACGGCUGUUUGGUAUGCGAGAAAUUGUUUAUCAAAUGAUGAUCAGGAACAACACCCUUCUAGCUUCUGCCACAAUGAGGCUCUGGCUGUCGAAAUCAUAAAUCGCAUACCCACGCAAAAGAAAACAUACAGUACAGAAGUUCUUUCAUCAAGUGUAGCUGGUGGAAUUGUUGGUGUAAUUGUCGUUGUUGGUCUGGUUUCAAUGCAUAUUAGGAGGACAUAUGGUAAAAAUACUGAGAAAAAGCCUUCAACAAGGUUCAUAACAGAGAAUGCAUCAACAGUAAACACAGCAAAACUACUUUCAGAUGCAAGGUAUAUUUCGGAGACGAUGAAGAUGGGCGCUAAUCUUCCUGCUUACAGAAGUUUUGCCUUUGAAGAGCUUAAAGAAGCUACAAAUAACUUUGAAACUUCAACUUUCAUGGGGGAAGGUUCACGCGGUGAGAUUUACAGAGGAAAGCUCUCCGAUGGAACACUUAUUGCAGUCAGGGUACUGAAAAUAAGGAAGAGGCACAGUCCCCAGGUCUAUAUGCACCACAUUGAACUGAUUUCAAAACUCAGACAUCGUCAUCUGGUUAGUGCUCUUGGACACUGCUUGGAGUACCAAGCCGAUGAUUCAGGCAUCAGCAGAAUAUAUAUUGUGUUUGAAUUUGUUCCAAAUGGUACUCUAAGAGGCUGCAUCUCAGGACCUCCAGGACAAAAGCUUACUUGGACGCAGAGAAUUUCAGCUGCAAUUGGAGUUGCAAAGGGUAUUCAGUUUCUUCACACUGGGAUUGUUCCUGGUGUAUACUCAAACAGUCUAAAAAUAACUAAUGUCUUAAUGGAUCAUGAUCUGCAUGUGAAGCUCAGCAGUUAUAACCUGCCUCUUCUAUCGGAAACGAUGGGUCCUGGAAUUUCUCACUCUGCACCAAAAGGAAAUGGUCAAAUUAGCGUAAAACAUGAGGAUAAGAGUGAUGUCUAUGAUAUAGGAGUUGUCUUACUGGAAAUCAUUCUGGGAAGGCCUAUCAUGUUCCAAAAUGAAGUUGGUAUUCUAAAAGAUCUUUUACGAGUAAGUAUAACUACUGAUGACACAGCCCGAAGGAGCAUUGUUGAUCCAGCAGUACAGAAGGAGUGCUUAGAUAAAUCAUUGAAGACGAUGAUGGAAAUAUGUGUUAGGUGUCUGUCGAAUGAGCAAACUGAUAGGCCUUCCGUCGAAGAUAUACUAUGGAAUUUGCAGUAUGCAGCACAAGUUCAGGAUACAGGGAGAGUAGACUCCCCAGAUAAUCAAGAGUCACCAAUCUCAUCAACCAGAGAAAUGCAACCGCCUACUAGUUUGAUUACCAGCAAUGAGCGAGCAGAGUUUUAGUAUUUUGUACAAUCACAAAUGCCAUUAUAAUGUAUCAUACAAGAUUUCUAAUCUAUCUUAAUGGAGUUUCAGAAAUAUUCUCACCUAGCAGCUAAUGCAUGGUGCCCA